AGGAGUUGUGGCGAAACGCGUGACCAGCCCUUGUCAAUAGGAGAGGAGAACGAGCUUGUGCAGCUCGCAGAGGAAAACAGCUUCCCUUUGCAAUGACCGGGUAACUAUCGGACGGCUUUGUCACUCUCCAUCGACUCCCAAUCUGGAGUCUCAUAGUAUGGAGGCAUGUCUACCAUACCACACAAAGUUCUGAGAAAUUAAGAAGACGACUUUCACCACCAUUCUUGAUUGAACCAAAAUGUCCAAAGAACCUUUCCAACGACCCUCUGUUGAUGCGACCUCUUGGAAGAUACGCCGCGACGCACAGUGUGACCUCUUCGGCAGGCGCACAGCUCCCGAUUGGAGUUUUCAGGAGAUGACUGCAAGCCAGCUGCCGAUGCAGCUGCGGCUGCUGCAGCUGCAGUUCUGGAGGACGAGCCUGAAUCCUGGAUCAUGGUGAACGACGCACUGGAUCUUGACCCGCAGGAGCAGUGCCAAAGCCCCUCGCCUCCAACGCAGCGGGAACCGGUGCUGCAGAGGCUGACUUCACACACCAUGACGGAGCUGGAGCCUUUUGGCUUCUACGGUCAUCUCACUUCUUUUGAUUUGCAGCCACUCACACCAGAACAGGCCGAGUCAAUUCAUCACGGACUUGGACAAGAUUUUACGAAGUUCUGCCGAUUGACGAUGAAAGGCCCCGAGGAUUAUCGCACCAUCAGGUUGGAGCCCAGCAUCAUCCAGUGUCAGCCAGCCGAGGCAUGGCAUGCCGGCCGCUGGAAACCUCCCGUGGGCCAGACUUGGAGCUUCACCUUUGCCCUGGCAGUGGAGAAGUCAGCGAACUGCUUCGUCAACGUGGGGCUGGUGGAGUGGGUCGCUGCACGGAAGGAUUCUGCAGAGGCCAGCACCGCGCACGCCACGUCGCCCAAGCAGAGCCUGGCUGAGAUUUUGCAGGUGAAAUCUGAAGCGGAGGACAAUGUUCCAGGGGGAUGGCUUCCAGAGCAGCAUGUGCAUGAAAAUCCCAGACAAAUGAUGCUAGGCUGCAGGAAGGGUGUGCAGUGGUUCGGCAACGCCGCCAAGUUCCCGUUGUUUCAGGACAACAUCAUGGAAGGCUCACUGCUUCGAUUCCGCUGUGACUACCACUUGAACCGCCAUGGGGAGAUUGCGCAGGUGAAAGUGUGGUUCCUGCCUUCCCCCCUGAACUUCGAAUAUGGCGGCGAGCAAACCAUUACGGAGUCAGAUCUUUGGUUCGAGCCCUUGGCCCAGUGGUGGGAACCGCGAUGCCAGGACAAGAAGAUGAGAUCGCUCUGGGUUCCAGCUGUCACACUGUACACCUGCGAUGAUGUGGUCACAGUUGCAUGGAACGGCCCAGACCCUUAGCCGUGCGACACGGAUUGGGUGACGAGCGAAAGCUUCUGCAGCGGAAUUCAGCGGUCUUGUGACAGUCAGAGUCAUUGUGACUGCACCGAGCAGGAAUGUGAGAGGUGU